ACGAGAUUCACGAGAAUGAGCAGCAACUUCUCCACUUGGUCGCUGCGCAGGGCCACUGCAGGUUCAAAUGAUGAAGCGAUGGGUGAAAGAUUGGGUUGUGAUACAAUAGUCAUAAUCAAGCGAACACAUUCUUGCAGGUUCUGCCUACAUUUCUGUCAUCUGAUAGCAAUAACACUUAGUGUUCUCCUAUCCUCAAAGACAUCAUUCCCCCCUCAGAAGAUUCCAUAUCACCUCGCACAGAAAAUGCGUUUCUCCUUCCUCCUCGUCGUCAUCGUCGCUUUGGCGUCAUCUAUGUCUGUCAGUGCAUGUGUGACCCAAGGUCAACCUUGCACCCCCGGGCAAGUUGACGAAUGCUGCUUUAUAUUGGUUUGUGUGGAUAAUGGCGUAAGUAUGAGCAGUUUGCUGUGCAACAUAACUCACCUACGCACCUUAGUACAAUAAAACGGUCUGCAUGUCAUAGCCGAUUUGAAAAUUGAGCCGGUAGCCUGGGCGGCACAGUGAGUCGUGUUCCUGGUUUUGCUUGGGUACCAUGCUUGAUGGUGCAAUACAUUACUUUUCCAAACUGGUGUAAGCGU